GCAGCCUGCCUGCCUGCCUGCCUCUGUGUGUGUGUGUGUGAGCGUGUGCGUGCGUCUACUUUGUACUGUGAAGAACACAGCCCAUGUGCUCUGCAUGGACGUUACUGAUACUCUAUUUAGCUUGAUUUUCGACAAGCAGGCAAGAUGUCCAGCACACCACAUGACCCCUUCUAUUCUUCUCCUUUUGGCCCAUUUUAUAGGAGACAUACACCAUACAUGGUGCAGCCAGAGUACCGAAUCUAUGAGAUGAACAAGAGACUGCAGUCUCGCACAGAGGAUAGUGACAACCUCUGGUGGGACGCGUUUGCCACCGAGUUUUUUGAAGAUGACGCCACGUUAACCCUUUCAUUUUGUUUGGAAGAUGGACCAAAGCGAUACACUAUCGGCAGGACCCUCAUCCCUCGUUACUUUAGCACUGUGUUUGAAGGAGGGGUGACCGACCUGUAUUACAUUCUCAAACACUCGAAAGAGUCAUACCACAACUCAUCCAUCACGGUGGACUGCGACCAGUGUGCCAUGGUCACCCAGCACGGGAAGCCCAUGUUUACCAAGGUGUGUACAGAAGGCAGACUGAUCUUGGAGUUCACCUUUGAUGAUCUCAUGAGAAUAAAAACAUGGCACUUUACAAUUAGACAAUACAGAGAGUUAGUCCCAAGAAGCAUUCUAGCCAUGCAUGCACAAGAUCCUCAGGUCCUGGAUCAGCUGUCCAAAAACAUCACCAGGAUGGGACUGACAAAUUUCACCCUCAACUACCUCAGGUUGUGUGUAAUACUGGAGCCAAUGCAGGAACUGAUGUCAAGACAUAAAACCUACAACCUCAGUCCGCGAGACUGCCUGAAGACCUGCUUGUUUCAGAAGUGGCAGCGGAUGGUGGCGCCGCCAGCAGAACCCACAAGGCAACCGACAACUAAACGGAGAAAAAGAAAAAACUCCACCAGCAGCACUUCCAACAGCAGCGCUGGGAACAACGCAAACAGUACUGGGAGCAAGAAGAAGACCCCGGCUGCCAACCUGAGUCUGUCCAGUCAGGUACCUGAUGUGAUGGUGGUAGGAGAGCCAACUCUGAUGGGAGGUGAGUUUGGGGACGAGGACGAAAGGCUAAUCACUAGAUUAGAAAACACGCAAUAUGAUGCGGCCAACGGCAUGGACGACGAGGAAGACUUCAACAAUUCACCCGCCCUGGGGAACAGCAGCCCGUGGAACAGUAAACCUCCCGCCACUCAAGAGACCAAAUCAGAAAAUCCCCCGCCCCAGGCUUCCCAGUAAGAUGAGCGGCACCAGAGUCCACUGUCAUAGGCCUGUGGGCUACACUCAUUAUUUCAGAUCCUUACUUACAGGAGAGAAAGGAGGAGAAAUAAAAACUUUUCCACGCAAAUAUCUAUUUCUAAACCACAAUGAUCUGAGUUGCUUUCAUUCAUUUUUUUUUUUUAAUUGAGAGGAUCAUUCCAAAUAAACGUCCAUGACCCUUCCCUGGAGGCCUUCACAGGUAACACAGAUACUGGCACUGAUCGAAAUGAAAACAAGAGCAAACGCUAGCGCUUCUCCUGGCACGGUGUUAACCACACAUUUGUUAAUUUCCUUUCCCCACAUCAAAUGAAGGCCAUAUUGUCAAUAAACCCUCAGUGCUCAGGAUCUCAUUAAUAUGCGAACCUAUCUACAGAUGACUUUUUAAUAUUGUAAGAUAUUUUCUGCUUUUUGACUUGCAUCUGAGAGUUUCUUGUUUCAGUAAAAAAAGAAAAGAAAAAAAAUCUGCUUUUGGAAAGUAAUUUAAAUGUACCUUAUUUGUUUUUUCUUCAUCUUUUCUUUCAUUGGGUAACAGCUAAGAGGGCCCAGCAGGAUAAUUUAUGGGCGAGCUAAUGUCGAUUGGUUCUCCAGCCCGAACUGGUUCAGUCGAGCCCCAGUGCUGAAACAAGAAAUGUCUUUUUGUCAUCAAAGACACCAACGCCAAUUUUUAUGUAAACAAAGACUCUUGGCCCCUUGAGAAUUUAUGCAUUUGUAAAAUUGCUGUUGAUCCAAAUAUUUUCAAGCCAUGUAAUCCAUUAAUUUUGUGGGCAGUUUAAUAAAUCUGAAACUUUUUUGUGUUUUUAUUGUAUCUGAGUUGACUGUUGUUUCUUUUCAUAGUAUAUUUCUUGUAUAAUAUUUUGUAAAGCCCUCACCUGGUUCUUUUAUGGGGAUUUUUCUUUUGGGGCAAUUCCAGUGUAUUUAUGUGAAACUUUAUAAGAGAACUAAUUUUUCCAUUUGCAUAUUAAUAUGUUCAUCCACACAUGUAAAGACACAGUGGCUCCGUGUGUUAUAAAACAGCUGUAUUUUAUGUAUGCUUUACUGAUAAGUGUGCCAAUAAUAAACCGUGUUAA